GCAAGUGGACUUCCUCAGUGAGGGGCUUCUUAAUUCCCCCUAUAUCCCCUCCCCCACCAACCGGGUUCUACAUACAAUGCUUAUAGACAUUCUGGGUUUUUUUCUCACAGAAAAUCCUAAGAAAGGCAACGUAAACUAUUCAAUGUAAGCUCGUCUCAUAGCAUGCUACUUUGGUUGCUGGUUCUCAACACUGGGCCUAUAUAAGACGGUAUUAUUUAAGUAACUAUGUACAUCCAAACUAAGUUUUGCUGAGCACAUUAUAUUGUAAAUUUUUUUUUUAUAUAUUGCUUAAAUUAGGAUAAACAUUACUAACAUAAAGGUCUAUUUAAGUAUAAUAUAGAAAUGUCAAUGCGAAAAAAGUGACUUGAGUCAAUUGCGGCUUAAGGCCCUUUUCGUGAUUUCAUUCACGUAGACUGCCAGUUCUUUGAUUAAAUGUUGAUGUGCUAUACAGUUUUGUCAGUGGGAAUGGCAUUAUUGAUUAUUUAUCAUUUUUCGAAUACGCAAUUUUCUACUUCAAUAUUAAUGCAGAAGAUCGUAACUUACGUUUUUUUUUUCUUAAGACAUGUAACCGGUGGUUUGAAUGCUAGCAAUACUAGCAGCCGGUAUGACGUACUUCAUUGGUGUGGUUUCUCCGGCACGUUACACGAUUUUCCCAGCUAUUGUAACGUGUCCCGCUUUUUCACACCAAUUUGGUUUUUCAUUUAUUAUUUUAUUAAACUUUAUCAAAAUUAAACAGGACUCCAUCUAUGGUUGAGACUUUGGCGACAGUGAUGGAGCUUUUAAACAAUCAUCAACCGCUAGGCUUAUGCUAUUCAUAUAUUGUUGAAUUCAUGAAUUGUUGUGUGAUCGGAGCUGUGAUAAGUAUAAUAAUGAAUAUCGGUUUCAUCAUUAUCAUUUACAUUGUGUCAAACUUUGCGCCAGUUGGAUUUAUUGGCUAAUAUUUUUAAUUUUGUAGAUACAGUUGUUAAAGUCAGGGACGUAAGAAAAAUUCAAUUUGGGGCAAGGUCGAGUGUGGUGUCUCUCACUACAACUCAUUCUUCACCAAGACCCUCCUGCAUUAAUUACUUCUUUAAAAUCUCAUUGGUUCUAAAUGAAUAGGCCUACAUGUUGUUUGGUAUAGUAAGAGUUUAAUGGAUUUAAUUUACUGAAACAUUUUUUUUUUUUCACGGAAGGGAACCAGAUUUUAUACUAGUGCUAAUCUGAAUGUAAUUGUUUGAAAUAUCAAUUCGUAAAAUAUAAUUUGUGUCAUUGCAAAUUACAUUACCUACAGUGAUAGAAAAAAACUACGUCAAAAAAAAAAUAUAAAAAAAACCAAGGCCUCAAGGUAUCUCCCCUAGAGAAAAGUUGAAAACUCUUUUGCUGUAAAUGUGACAAAUAAAGAACAUUUUCCACAUAAUAAGUAAGGUUAUUUCGGCUUGAAAUUGUUUCAAAGUUAAUCUCUUACACUGCAACAGUCGCAUUCCGAGCAAGAUAAGUAUCCAUCUGUGCGAUUCUCAUUGUUACUGUUGAUUUUAUAUUAAGAUACGUACACAACUAUGAAAGGUUUUUGUAAAAUCCAGUAUAUUUUUUCUUCAGAACGAGACAGCUUCAUCUGUCUGGCCCUGACUUCUAGCAUUGAAGCCUUAUGUUUGCGUUACACUUUGACAUGCAUGUUUUAAGAAUUUACCGUGCUGUUAAUGAAACACUUUGUAGCACACUUUGUAUGCACUAUGUUAAGCUUCAUGCAUUGUGUCUUACAGUAAGAUACUCCAAAAUUGAAUUCAGGUAGUUCAUGCACUCAAUCAUUGACUAAGCUGAUGUUUCUGUUCUCCUAAACUAACUUCUCGCUCGCAUGGUGAUACAAAACCCAAAGACAGGGACGAUUUUGAUGACAAUGUUUCAACUAGUGAUGGGUUGGUAUCAAAAUACGAAAACCAGAGUACUUCAUCUUCAUGCAAUAAGUUACGAAAAACCAUUUCAGCGUUUUAUAGUUUUCGCCGUUUCCACUACGUACAUAUUUUGUUGCGCAAAUUUUUGAGUAGUUUUAAUACCUACCUAUUCAAACAUUGUAAUAAAUCUUUGCAAUCACUCGCGAACAUCCUUAACUGAAGCACACUAAAAAUAAAAUUAAGUGUCUGUAUAAUGCUGGAGUAUCGAAAGCGGUACUGUAUAAUAUUAUAUUUUAAUGACAUUUUAGUUUUCACCACUUUGUAAUCUGAUUAAUCUUUGAUGAAAUAAAAAUUCCAUUUAAUCCGUAUGGGAAAUAAUUUUAAAAAAAAAGUGUUACAUUCCCAAGUAGGUCGUAGCUCGAUGGUACUUCACUCGUAUUUAAUUUAUGGACUGACAAAUUUUUCAUAUUUAUUGAUCUCGUGUAUGCUCUGAAUUUAAAUAACACAAUAUGUUGGUUAAUAGUUAUGCAGGCUAAAAUUUGUAUAAUCAAAGUUAGUUUGGCAACCAGGCCUGUUUGCAUGGCAGUGCCACUAAAGUGAAUGUAACGUAAUAGUAUUUUUUUUUUUUUUGUAAAACAAAGCUUCAACAGUUUUUUUUUUCUUCAAUUCAUUAAUUUUCUUAGAAGUUAAUAUAUUAUGCUGUACCAUGUAUUAUUGUGUAUUUUAACAAAACAAGUAAACUAAGUGAAGAAGUAUUAUGUGUUAUCAUUUAAUAUUGCAUUUGUAUGAUAAAAUUUUCAGGAAACGACAAGUUCCUUAAAAUACAAUUUUUUUGGAGGGUCGAUGUUGGCACGCCUUGGCAAGCAUAUCGAGUCUCGCCAAGGCAUAGUCAUCAAAAACGAAAGAAACAGUAACAGGCUUAUAGUUAUGGAGUUAGGAUUUGUUAGGAGAUGGCAUGCAGUGACAACUGAAGUAAUUUUUUUUACCUCAUCAUUGUCAUAUUGUUCCGCCCAAAACAUUGCACAAAUGUUGCAUUUGAAUCUCCUUAGUUAUAUAUUUUUUUUAUAAAUGUGACUGUCUAUGUCAUUUAAAAUAGUUUCCACAAUGCAAGCACUUCACUUCAGCCGUUUUAGGCGUUUAAGCCUAACCAAUAUGGCGCAACAAUUAGCAGAAGAAAAAAAAAUGCUUUCACUCAGUUGCCAUCAAAUAGACUUGGCUACCCUCUGUUUAAACGAAAGACAUUCUGAAAGUAAGUUUUGUCUUUGUUUUUUUUUUUUUGAAAGAGCAGAUGAUACGCUAGGUGAAACAAGCAAUCGCCUUAAGAAUCCGCACCCAUUGCUGGUUCAAUGACGUAAGUAGCGUCAACGGAGGAGGAAUGGCGCACGCGCAGAGCGCCGAAGAAAAGACAGUAUAGCAGACACUGACAACGUAGUCGCCAAACGCGGGACUGGCGUGUCACUUCAAAAACAAUGCUUAGGUGGAGCAGGCUGUGUGACAAUUCCUUGCAUCGCAGGGCACCAAGUUUUACCAGAGUGGUUUCUUCAAACUGAUUGCACGCUAAGAAUAAUGUCUUAAUGCCGGUGGCGACUAUGUCUGAAAAAAGUGAAAGGUGAUGCCAUGGUGCAUUUUGUUUGGCAAUAAAGUUUCUGUGUGAAAGAGUUGCAUAACUUACUUUUGGAACGUCCUUCGUAGUAUAAUCAUCACAAUAACACAAAUAUUUUUACGUUACGUCUUUGUUUGCGUUGUCUGUACCUACCGCAACUCCUGCACCCAAGGUGUAGCAUGUGUACAGCGAAAGAAAUAGCAAGUAUGCAGGGCGUAUUAAUUCUCACCCGCACGCACAUGUGCCAGUGAAAUAAAUUGUUAAAAAAAAUAACAAUUUUUAAGUCAUCAUUUAUUUUAGAAAAAUAUUUUAAUUUUAUAUGACAAAACAUAUACAAUUUUUCAGUAAAACAUUUGCGUUAUUUACCAUUUUUUAUAUUUUAAUUUAUUAAAACUAUACAACUUUAAUUCUAAACAUAAUUUAAAGUAUAUGAAUAUUUUUGAGGGGUUAAGCGUUCUAAGAAAUUUAAUGUUUCACUUAGUUUGUUUCUUACAAGUAAGCCCUCUCAAACCCACAAAAUUGUGUGCUAUGUGGGGUAACGGUCAAUAAAUUCAAACUUAUAAUUGUACAUUGUAUUACUUUAAAUUUCAUGAGCUUACAUCGAGCUGAAUCAAAUGGGUGUAUCUUAUUUUCACUGUAAAUUUCAGAAAAAUUGAUAUGUUUAAGAAUGAUAUUUUUUUGUUAUUUCAUUGUAGUAUAAUAGUACAAAUUUGCCUAAAUGAAUGUCCAUAAGACAUUUCCAUUUGCAAUGCCUGCUUGAAGCAAUGUGCAGCACUAACUCAAGUGUAAUGUAUUUAUUGUAUGUAUUGUGAAUCACCUACAUCAUGUUUCAUAACUGUUACAUGGAAAGGAAAACAAACAUACGGAUUCUGCACCGGUGGAGCCACAGUCAAGGACUCUUUAAAGAGAAUAAAAAACAAUCUCUCAAUGUUCAGAGCAGUGCCAUGGUUGUUCAUGCUCGGCACAAAUGAUAUAUUGGUAGGGCCAUGCAAUUUUCGCGAUCGCGAAAAAACUACGAAAAACGAGAAAUAUUCAUGAAAUCUGAUUUUCCCACGAAAUUUCCUUGUUUUGACAAUUCACGAUAAAACACGCGAAAUACGCAAAAAAAUUUUACUAACUCCUUUGUUCAACACAACAGAGACAGUGCCAACUUGUACCACCUUACUACGAAAAUAAUAUGCAAUAUGCAAUACGUUUUAUAACUGCAAACACGGCAAGAAAUUUCAACAAUCCUUAAAAAUCUGACGUGAGUAGAGUAUUAAACUUGUAUUCUCAUAAAUUCAUGCGGUAAGGGAAGUGGAUUGGAAAACAAACGGUAUUUUUUUUCCCCGUAGCAACGUUACCAAUUUAUAAUAUAUUUUUUCUAACCUCAGAUAACUUGUCGUAUAUAUAGAGCUGUUGGAAAAAAAUUAAAUAGAACCAUCUGUCGAAACGAUUGUGGUAAUAUAUUUUAUUAAUAAAGUCACGCGCCAUCUUCUUUGUUGAUACUGCAAAUUAGACCAAAGAGUCACCGACUCUUUCUAUGCAUAGAUGUGUCUAUCCAGAUGUAGAAAGCCGCUCACCCGAACAGUUCCGAAGUUUUCCAAUCGCAAGUAAAUAGCACCAUAAUUAAAGGAUUAAAAUAUUUUUAUUUUACAGUCAUUAAGUAUUUUAAAUAACGCCAACCUAACCUAAGAUAACGUUUAACUUCGGAAGAUUUCAGGUUGUGCUUGUGGUUUCUAUUUGAACUGUAAGUUAUCCAUCCAAUACAGCACAAUGUUUUUAAAAGUCAAUAUCGCCACUAUUCCAAAAUGGCACCGUUCUGGAAAUGUUCAGUAUUCACAAUGAAUGCAACACAUUAGGUCCUGAAAUUCAAAAAAAAAUAAUUUCUUGGAAGUAAUUAAUUGUUGGUUAGUUCAACAUGCCAAAAUUUUUAACUUUGCAUGAACGUGUAAAGGAAUUUAAAUAGAUGGCUUUUUUUAUUUUUGAUGAAGGAAGUAAAAUUAUGAUGAGCAAGUAUUGUGACAGUCGUGUGGAGUGGCUACGAAAAGACUUGAUUCUUGUAACUGCAGUCUGAUACUUCAAGCCAACCAUUUCAAGCAUACUAGGGACAUUGUUGUACAUUUUAAAUAAAUUAUCAGUAUAAAUAUACCUAUUUAUGUAUAUAUUUUUAAAAUUUAUUGCAAGGAGAGGACUCCAGAGACAGAACAAGGAUUUGGUUUUGAAAUGUCCAAGCGAGUGGAUACGUCACCACGUGAUUCACCACAUAAAAAUGAAACAAUUCAGGGCCCAAAUCAGUAUCCUAAACAGCAAAAUGUACGUAGUAACUAUCAUUCCAAGAACAGAAACUAAAAGUCUUUGCAAGAAGAACGGGAAGAAGAAGCCUACCAGAUACUGAAGUCUUCAGUGGCAAGAGACGAGUUCUCAGUAUAUGGUGAAUAUGUCGCCAACGAAUUGCGAAAAUUGUCGCCUAGAGUACAAAUAGUUACAAAACACAAAAUAAGUAAUGUUUUAUUUGAAGCUGCUUGUGGUAACUUUGAUAUUGUGUUCAACAAGAAUUCUGAAGAGUCACACCAUUCAUUAGCAACGAAUACUUCAUAUUUAUUUCCUGUGGAAUCGCAACGUUCACCACUACAUUUUUCAAUCACACCUGGGCAGCCUAUGACACAUUCCAUGGACACAGUGCCAUCCGACUUUGAGGAGGAAACACAGCAAUCACAUCAUCAAGUAGACAGUGAUAUCAAAUACCAGCAAAACGUACUCGUCUCUGGCAUUGAACAUUAAUAAUCUAUAGAUGGAAGUCAAAUUUAGUGCAUUAUUACAUUUUGGUUUAUUACGACAGUUUUGUUUUAUGUUUAUUCAAAUUAUGUUAACAUUUCAACUUUGCUUUUCUUUAUGCCAUUAUAAAAUUCCUCCAUUUUUGUUAAUGAAAAUCUGAGUAUGAACAAUUAUUUGUCAAAUGUAGUGCAUACAAAUAAAUCACAUUGUUAUACAUAUUGAAUAUAUAUUGUGGUAUAGUAUUCAUUUAUUACUUACCUUUACGACGUCUUUCGACGCAUCAAUCACAGCCUUCCAAACCUCCGGAAUUAUACGUGAUAUGCUGAGCUCAGAAAUUCUGAACAAGUACAUCAGAGAAACAUAGCUGUCACCAGUAGCCAAAAAUCGUAGGGUAACUAACAAUCUAACCUUUGCUGGUAGAGUUUCGCGGAAAUUUGUGUCACACUUUUCAAUUGUUGGUCCGACCUUUCCUAGCAACAAAUCAAAAUCAUCCCUGCUCAUUCGUGUAAAAUUCCUAAAAUGUGCCUCAUCGUCUGCCAAUAACUUGUCGAAAAAUGCACUCUGAUCUUCAUUUGCAGCAACAAAUAACGCUCGCCUCCACCACUUGGGUUGUUUUAUUCUACGACCACGCUGAAUGACAAGGUAUGCCGCCGCUGCAAUUGUUUGCAAAGACAUCUUUCUGACUGAAACUGUUGCUUUGAUGAAAUUAACUAUGGCAUACUACACGUGGCAACACAUGUCGCAUAUCACAUGUCCUUUCGCUCGGCAACAAAGACGCAUGCAGUACAGAGCAACAUAAGUUGCCGGCCGCAUGCUACAUGUUGCUGAACUGUUGCCUCAGUGGAAUCCAGCCUUUAGGCCGUGCUGGAAGCAAACAUGAAGCAUGCAGCCGAGACGUGUUUUACGUUCAGGUUAAAUUAAAGAGAGAGUUUGUGAUUUUCCUAUUUAAACGUAAUGUUUCCAUAAUGGGGAAGAAGAGACCUUGUUGUGUGCCUGAAUGUAGGGACAAAGUUUCGGUGCGACAUCGUUUUCCACGUGGCAAUGAAGUUUAUAAUUGUUGGUUAGAGAGGAUUAAUUAUCCGACACUAGCUUACCUAGAGAAGAUGAAAGUGUACGACACGUAUCUUGUUUAUGACCAGCAUUUCAACGAUGUAUGUAAGAAUGAUGGAUCAAAGUGCCUCAAGAAUCACGUCAUAUUCCAGGUAAUUGAAAUGAAUGUCAGUGUGUAAGCUAAAAAAUUAUAUAAUUAAAACAUCUGUAACAAGGUAAAUAUUAAAAUGUAAAAUAUUUGCUUUUGGCAUUGCAUUUAAAAGAUUUGUAGCUGUACUUUUUUAUUUUCAUAUGUUUACCCUUCUUGUCAAAAAUAAAAACAUUGUAGAAGAAUAUUAUUUUUUUGAAACAAACAAGGGUAGUUCAGUGGUAAAACACAGGACUCUCAUUAAAGAGGACCCAACAAUACCUAAUUGUUUCUAAUCUUUUACCAAAACUGUAAGUAAAUAUCAGGAGUGGAGGGUCUUCAAUGCUUACCACAAGCUUAGGCAAAGUUUGCCCACAAUUUCCCUAAAAUUUGUUUGUCUAAAUAACAUGCAAAAUCAUUAAAUAAUAAUCUUCAAUAUGAUGUAAACGAAAAAUGUAAUUCCUGAAUGUAUGAAUGUUCCUGGUCAUGCCCACCGAGGAUGAUGACACAACAGAAUCCCUGCAAGCCCACUAACUGCUCUGCACACGAAGGGCUUUAACUCCACGUUGCCGCUGAGGUGCAGCAUCGAGCACUUGAGUGGAGCCACGACUGGCGGUAACAACAGGAACUGCAAAACAAUCAACUAAUUUUCAAUGUUCCAUUUGGAAACUUUCUUACCCAACACAUUAAGAGUAUUUCAAUCAUGAAACCCUUUUUUACCAACUGAUUCCCAAUGUUUCUUGCAUAAUAGUUGAAUUCACAGUUUCCUACCUGUUUUCACCACACCUGUAUACCUAAAUGUUUUUAAACAAAUAUAUUUUCUAUUACUUUUCUUUCUUAAGAUAUAAACCAUUUUAACUAAACAAAAGUAAAAUGAAAUAAGAUCCUGCAAUACAAUCCUUUAACAAACUGAAACAAAAUGAAACUUGAGACAACAUAAAUAUGUUUGCACAAUAAUACCUUUAACAAAACAUUACCUAUUUCAUCAAGUUAUAAUACAAAAUAAUCGAAAAGCAAAAAUAUAAACAAAUGUACCUCUUUACUCAGACAUUUGUAGAAGGCUGCAUUAUUAGAAGGUUCAUGUAAAAUUUCUUCAUUUAAUUGACAUUUGUUUACAAGUUGGAAACAAAAUGCCAGGGCCUGUAGGUAUGUGAAGGAUUAAAGAAACUGCAAUGGAAUGGCUUAGCAACAAAUGAAGAUAUAAUUUUACCAACAAUGUUGUUCCAUUAAUGUUUGAAGAACCACCAAAUCUUCAAAAAUUAUAUCUGAGGCCUUACCAAGUCAACAGUUUGCCAAAUUUUCCUAUGCAUAUAUCACAGCUGCACUCAACAUACAAGACAGAAACAUUUCCUGUAGGGGCAGACAAUCCCUUAAACAAGCUACAGUUUAGAAAACUAGUUACUUUCCCGGUGUUAUAACUCCCUGUGGUCAGCAACACCAUGCACAGCAGAGGUUAACAGCAUGCCAUCAGCACAAACAACUUUAUUUGAAUGGAAUCUAUAGUCCACAACUUCUGCACUCAAGUAGUAAAUUUAUUUUAAUAUCAAUAUAACACAGUCAAAAUCUAAACUCCACAAAGUAUUUAACGUUAAAGUAGACACUUUCAAAUCCCUCAAAGAUGUUUUACAUUUUUAAACUAUCAAUUCAAUAUCAUGUACAUUUGGUAUAAAUGUGAAUACAUAAGUUUUAUCACUGUACACAAACGUGUACUUGAAGAAAUUAAUAUUUUCUUUUAAACUUACGUAUGAACCCUAUUGCAGGAAUUAAUAACAGGGCGCCAAAGGUAUUCUACAUGUGACAAUAAAAUAAUACUCUCAAUAAUUAUUUUUAUUGAAUUAAACAUAGCAUGAAAAUCCUCGAGUCAUGGAAUCAACAAAACCAACAAAUAUUAAAUAACUAAAUGAGUCCAGAUUAUGGGAUUUCAUAGACAACCUGACUCUUAAACAAAAUAAAUAAAAAGUAUUAAGUUCCUGAAAGUGUUCACAACUUAAAAAGUUUUGGGGUUUGCUCCGGCUUGCUCGAGCAUGAAAUUCCUAUCUUCUGGACCUCUGAACUUGUGUGUGAAUAAAUUGUGGAUCGUACAUAAAUUGCCGAUAUUUACAGAAAAUAAAUGGUCACGUAAUUUGAUAUUAUUUUAUAGAUUGUCCUAAUACUGUUCAAUUAAGUUGACGGUAAAAAUUACGUUAGCGUCCCAAUACAAAGAUGAUGCAGGCCAUACCUUAACUCUGGACGAUUAAGAUCGUUCAGAAAAUACGUCGUAACUCACGUAAAUUGAAUGCAAGCCCUCUGCAUUCAAUGUCAGGGCGUCGCUGAAUAUUGCCCUGUAUGCAGACGUAAUUUUCACAGUAAUAACGCCGAAAAUAGCCUCGCCACGUAUAAAUAUUCCCCGAGGGAAUAAACUUCACCACGCACCAAAUGGCGUCAUUUUCCACUCUUUCUUCUUCUCUCUUGCCUAAAUUAAAUUGUUACUUGAAAUGGGCCAAUUACGGCCGCGACACGUUAGCGUCCUUUUUAACUAGGCCAAUAAAAUGUCACUAUUACACAAGCAUAGGCUCGUCGAAGCUGUUCCAAAAGCCGCGCAAUUAUUUAUAUCAGCAGUUGUCAUGACGACGCAGCACGAGCUGCGCAUGCCGCCAUGCGAGAAACAAAACAAAACACUGCCGAAAGUCCGGGAAGCGGAAUUAACCUCGAACGUAAAACAAUAACAAACAGUUUCAGUUAGUCUGAUAAUACCGUAGAGUUACAUCACUUAAUGAAAUAGACAAAAUAUGCAAGUGGAAUAAUUCAAGGAUGUGUCACGAUGAUUCAAGUCGAGUAAUAUGAGGUAAUUCUUGGUGAGGCUCACUUAUUUCACAUGAAGUUAUCGCUCACAAGUACAAUUUAUUUGAAUACAUGACAAAGUAAUAAAUGAACAUUUCAUUGCAACUGUAUGUUGUGUGUGUGUGUGUUUGUGUAUAUAUUUAUUUAUUUAUUUAUUUAUUUAUAUAUAUAUUUUUUUUUUUCAGAAGUCCAGACUUUUUGUAAGUAAAACUGAAGAAAGCAGCCUACUAAGACAGUGAACCAUUAUAAAGGGUUUGGCAGACUGCACGUGGUUCACAGACGCCUACUGAAUGACUAACUAGGUAAUGGACUUUUGCCCAAAUUUCGUAAAUACUAAAGACUUCAACUUGGUGGUGCUGAAAAUUGUACUGCUUAAUGGUGGAAUAUGACACAUUAAUAGGAAUUAUUCAUAAGUAGCCAUAACACUGAGUGCAAAAAUCAUAAAAUAUUCAUUCCAGCCAAACAAUGCCCAGGGUGCCAUAUGUGGCACUAACUAUAAAAUAUUUUUCAAUAAUGCUUUUUUUUACAAUUUUGCUGUCUUUGGGUUGUUGGCCUAUCUGUGGAAUGUUGCUCUUUGGAAUACAAGUAGAAAACACACUCUGCUGGUGAAAACUGGAACCAUUUAGUUUGUUUUGUUUAUAGGUCUGCCAUUUUUGCUACACAGCUGUGAUUCUCAAGUUUCAAAGCUUGUACAUAAUUAUAUUGGUGAGUAAAACUAUCUAUAAAAUCACAACUUGUUUUUUGGUUCAUAAAUAAGGUGCUUAUAUAUUAGCAGCUAUAAAAAUUACAUUUCUUUACAUAAAUUCUGACAAUAUUAGGUUUGUGCCAUAUGUGGGCCUCUGGGUAGUUGUAUAUAACUAUUUGCUUUUAGGUUAGUUUUGAAGGAAACUUUUCCUACAAAACAUUGAGUUCAUAAAAGUGGUUUGAUGUUUCUAUAAAUUACAGUUGGUUAUAUAAAUUGGAUUGGGCAGUUUAUGUAGGUUAUGUAUGGGAAAAAAUCCUACAGAACACGAAGUGUUUGAUUGUUGUUUAUUUUAUUAUUUCAGAUGGAGAGGAUAAGAAAAAUAAACAAAGACACUGUUAUUGUGCCUCCUGAAUGCAGCGACGAUAGUGUUGCAGAUGACACUGACGAAGACCCCGACUACAGUCCAAAUGAGAAUAGGCGUCGUAUAUAUUCGUCUAAUAAUGGUAAACACUUACUUUUGUAGUCCAUUCACUGUAACUUUACACUUGUGAAAGAUCAGUUUGAUCAAAGACGUAUGAAGUUACCAUGUAUGGACUGUAUUUAUUUGUUUCUUGUCGUCAAAGUAAAUUUUUAUUUGAUCAAGAAAUUAUAAUUGAAUAAUUAUAUAUAAUUGUUUCAGGAUUCUCUUCUACUAGUGAGACAGAAACUUCUGAAGAUGAAGACAACCCAACGCCAGCCAAGGAUAAUAAAUGUUACAGAGUACCAUCAGUAUGGCAUGAUGUUCCAGAAAAUAUGAGUGAAACACCAAUUCCUCAUUGGAAUAAGAAACCAGAAGGAUAUUUGAUUUCAUCGCCAGUAGAUUACUUCAGGUAUUUUUUCGAUGUGGAGGUUAUUGAUAACAUAGUAACUCAAAGCAACUUGUACUGUGUCCAAAAUGAUGUAAACAAAUCCCUAAAUACAGUGGCACAAGAAAUAGAACAAUUCAUCGGCACUUGUGCAUACAUGAGUAUUUACAGUUUACCUCGAAGUAGGCUUUUCUGGGGAAGAAGCACUCGUGUUGAGAAAGUAGCAGAUGUAAUGUCUAGGAACAGGUGGGAAGAGUUCAAGUCCAACUUGCAUUUCAACGACAACAGCCAGUGUCCUUCAGUUACUGAUCCUAACCGAGAUCAUUUGUUCAAAACAAGGCCACUAAUUGAUUCCCUUCAAGACAGAUUCAAGCAAAUACCCAUUGAAGAGCAAAUGCUCUGCAUAGACGAACAAAUUGUCCCAUUCAAAGGAAAAUCGUAUUUGAAACAAUACAACCCUAAUAAACCACAUAAAUGGGGGUAUAAGAUAUUUGUGUUGUGCAAUAGCAAGGGUCUUGUACAUAACUUCGAAGUCUACACAGGUUGUAUCACACCUGCUGAAGAUAUGCCAGAUGUAGGAAAAAGCUCAAACGUUGUUUUGCGGUUGAUUCAGCACAUUGUUUGUGAUGAGAACUAUUUAUUCUACUUUGAUAAUUGGUAUUCCUCGCCUGCACUAUUUGUUUCCCUUGCCAAUUUGGGAUUUGCAGCUUUAGGCACAAUACGUACAAAUCGUUUUCCAGGCCUGGAGUUUUCUUCAGACAAAGAGAUGAAAAAAAGGGGAAGGGGAGCUGUAGAAGAAAAGGAAGCACAGAUUGAUGGUGUCCCAAUCAGGGCCAUCAAGUGGUAUGACAAUAAAGGUGUUACUUUGGCCACAACAUAACAUUUGACAGUUGUCAUCACCUUCAAACAGUACAGAGGCUGCAAAAAAAGGACAAGACCACAGUUGAUGUAAAGAUCGAGCUAUAACCACUUAUAACAAAUUUAUGGGUGGUGUUGAUUUGAUUGAUGGGUUGAUCAGCUAUUAUCGGAUAAAGAUAAGGUCAAAGAAAUAUUAUCUUCGAUUCUUUUUCCAUUUUGUGGACAUGGCCAUGGUUUCAUCUUGGCUUAUGUAUAAGAGGGACUGCGAGAAAGAAGGUUUAAGUGGGAAUAUCAUCAUGGAUCUUCUCAGAUUCAAGACUGAAGUUGCAGAAUCUCUUUGCAGCCAAGGAAAGGAUGUGGUCAAGAAAGGAAGGCCUUCUACUUCGAGCACCAGCAUUGAAAGAGAGCACGAAGCUAAAAUGCAUCGAGGUCCCACAAAAUCAAUUCCUUCUCCAUUGGUUCGGCGAGAUGCAGUAGGGCAUUGGCCACUAUUUACUGAUGAUCGCCAACGAUGCCGCCACCCAAUGUGUAAAGACAAGUCUUUCAUAAAGUGUAAUUUACAUUUAUGUUUGAAAAAAAAAAAACUGUUAUGUUGAUUUUCACAUGUAAAUGUGGAAAGUAGUGGGAUGCAUGGACUUAUGUUUCACUCAAAUUGACUUUUUAAUUGUUACUAUUGCAUCCCAUUGUGCCACAUCUGGCACAUACCUAAAUCUGUAAUUAUUUGUCAAUAUAAAAAAUAUGUAAUAUACUGAAAUGUUUGUAAAUAUGUUAAAAAGAACAUAAAUCCGAAUAUAAACUUUUUUUCGGCUUUAAAAAUGUUUUUGGGCAUUAAGAGGUUAAACGGUAAGAUCAAGGUCACAGAUUUCAAAAAGCCACAUGAAACAAUGUGUGAAAAAAUCAUUUAAAAACAGCUAAUUGAAAUGCCGGAUGAUGAACUCGUUCCUGAUGGCCACGGCGCGCCCAUGUCGGAGAGGAACUGGUGGAAUUGGCACAUCAUUGUUGGCCUGUAACAAACCAAUCAAUAUAUUAGAAUGCAGGCAAAAAUUGUUUAUAGGUACAUUUAUCAUUACUAUAGUGUAAAUGGUCUCUACCUUAGCUUUGUUUCAAUUAUAAAACAUAUUUGUUUUACACACACACACGCACACACACACACACAAAAGUUGUCUAUAAACAACAGAAGACACCAUCAACUGUCACACAGAAAAAUACAUCAAAAAGCUUUUCAUCUGGCAUGCUAUGGUUUGCCACUUUCUGUAAUGUAGCAACAGUCGAGCCUUUCAUGUGCAGAUUUCUUCAGGUGGAUUUCGCCAAUUGACCUUGGCUGCCAAGAUGUCUAGUUUGCUUCAAUUUUUAUUGCCAUUGCCUGUUUAAAUAUUUGUGCAGUGUUCCUAUUUUGUAGCUGUUUAUAUAUCACAUGUAUAGGUACAAAAACAUUUAUAUUUUCAAAGAGGAAGUAAUAUGUAAUAAACAUCAUUGCAAUUCACAAACUGAACAAGUAUUUGUACAAUGCACUUCGUUUGCAAAUAAUACACUAAGUUACAGGGAAGAAAACCCAGGUGUCAUCAAUACUAAUUAAUAGUAUAUAACAAAACACUUCUCACCUGCAGCUCAGCUUCUUCCACAUAGUCAUUGUGUCUGAUACCAAUGUUGUAACAAAUGGUACAGACAACGAUAGCUGCUGUUGUCUGCAGCUUGUUUCGUAAAACAAGUUGCGAGCAGGGAAAGCGCUGCUUCCAAACACUGAACAUCCUUUCCACCAGAUUCCUCGUCCGAGCAUGAGCCAUGUUGUACCUGUGUGAUUACUUUAAUGUGUAUCAUUACUACGCAUAAUAUGUACGUUACACACAUGUAAAACAUGCUGGUUCACACUGUAUUCAUUAGAGACAACCUUCAUAUCACAGUGUAAACCAGCAAUGGUGAAUGUCACAAAAGUUUUAAAUUAAUCUUCCCUAGUGCAAAUAACUUUCAAAGAAUGUACUAAUACCAUAUAUGUGUGUGUGUGUGUGUGUAAACAAUUAUUUGUAUGUAUAGAUUAACUAUCUAAUAUAAUUUCCAAAACGUAACAUUAAUUUAACAAUAAUUAAAAUAUGUUCAUAACAAUAACUAUCUGGCUGUAGAAGAAUAUGUUUCUCCAUUGCUUGGUGGUUUUACAAUAGUAGAUGUUUGCACUACAAAACUUUGCUGUAGUCUAUUUGCACCAUAUUUCACUUUGCCAAAACAAUUACGGAGAAGUUUAGAAAUGAGUAAAGCUAAGGUGCUGGAGCAACAAAUUUUGUAGCGAGUAGGCUUCUGCGAAUCUAGGAUUUUUGUCUCGAAUCGAAUCACGAAUCGAAUCUUUAAAGAUUCCCGAACCUCGAAUCUUUUUCGAAUCAUGAGAAUUUUUUCCCUGCAGAAGUUUGGCACUUGACUGAGUUUUUUCAGCUAGGUAUUCAGUGUAUUCAGUUACACGGCAUCUUUGAAUUUGAAGAAUAAGACACGUUAUAGUACCUAGAGGGGCAGGUCAGACAUUCAAUAAUUCAAUGUAUUGCAUAUUUGCAUGAAUUUUACAUAAAAACAAAAUCCCUAUAUACUUUGAAAUCACAUUAACGUUUAAAUUUAAAUGUAAACAAUUUACAGAUUUUAACAUCCAGUAUAAAAAUUGAUAUUUUAGUUAAGCGAAAUUAACUAACAAUGAUACCAGCAAUUACUCAUUAAAACAUUAAUAUUUUCUUUUAAUUUUUAUUCAUGGUGCACAGAAAAAGUCAAAAUAUUAUGUUGCUGCACGCUUCUAGUUAACAAAAAAAUUAAAUAACCACGAUAUUCGGUAAAGUAGAUAAUUACUUAUUGGAGUUUUGAUGUUCUUUUUGCAAUGUUUGCACAUUGCUGUUUUUUCAUCCACAGCUUCAUAGUGUUUCCACAAAGCCGUGUUCAAUUUUCGUUUUGUUUUUGACUCAAUCUCUGGCGGGGUGCUGCCGCUCUGUACCGAUUCAGGCUUAGAGGUAAUUUGGUCUUCCAUUGCAAUCUGUCCUGUAUCCAUGUCCAAUAAAGUAAAACAAUGGCCACGGUAGACGGUACACUGCUAGGGUAGACAAGCGUGGCCGAGCCAACGUAAAAAAUAAUUAAGUAGAUUCUGGUUGUCCUGCAAUAGAGUAAAAGUGAAUAACAUGAAUUACUAACGCAUUAGAGUAUAUUAACAUUCAAUAGUAUCGGUUUUAUGUGGCAGUAAAUGUUUCAAGUAACUACAAAACACUGCGCAAGAAGAUAUUUUACGAGUCCGCAUUCUGUGGUACGCUCAGACGAAUUUAUCAUUAUGUAUCAUAACUAUGAUGCCUUUAUCAACGGUAGUUGUGUCUGUUGGACGCUGUUACAUACGAUACCUGUAGUACACUCGGAGUAUUGGGGUAUGUGUACCACAGCUAUGGGAUUCGUGUACAAGAAUAUUGCACGCUACUUUAAUCACAUGAUGCUGAUGAAGCCACAGAGUAUAUAAGUGAACCAGAGACGAAAUAGAGGCGCGAACUCGACAGCAGACAGUCGAAAAGUUGGCCGCCAUGUUUGUGGCGUGUGCGCUGCUCAUAAACACAUGUUGAAUGCUACGUUUUCCUGAAGUAUGGAUCAUUAUUCCGUAAAAUAUCUACUCGACACAUAAUUAUAUUCAAUUUGCCAUUAAGGUUUAACGCGUGGACCAUACGUAACGAAUGUAUUCAGUUAGGAUUCAUGCGUAGAUUGGCUAGUGGUGAAGUAUUAUGAGACGGUGAUUUUUUGUUGUGUUAGUGUGUUUAAUUAAGUGACGAGCCUAUUUGUCCGUGUGUGACGGCGUGUUUGCAUAGGCAACUUACGAUAUAUUUUAUUUGCGUGAAAUCAGAGGUUAUACAGCACACAAUCCAUGACCAUAUCUGCAUACAAGAAAAAAUAGUGGGAAGACCUAUAUCAAAAUUGUUGCAUUUGAUCCUCCAGAAAUAUUAAAAAAAAAAAAACAAAUACACAAAUGACAUGCACACUAAUCAUUCCUUUCUUUUGGUACGUACCUAAGUGAGUAAAGCAUGGAAAGUAUUAGGCCUAGUUCUAGGACAGUAGGUAUUCAACCUGUUGCAAUAAAUUCAAAUUAUAUAGUAAAUAUCAGGAAUAGCUUCUCGUGCAAAAGUCUUGAAAAAAAAUCCCUGUUUUUACUAAAGAACUAACUUAAUCUCAUUUGGGUGAAAGUUCCGUAUUGCGUAUCCAAGUUAACCCUGUGGUCCUGAUGGCACGGUCUUGUACAGCUGACCCUGUGGUACAUGAUGCUUAUUUUUUUUUUUUAGCAGUGGGAGAGACACGUAGCACUGAGGCGUAGCGCGAAACCUGAUGUAAUUUAUCUUACAAAUAAUUUUUUAUUAUAUCAGCUUUCGCGCUAUAAAAUGAGUCGGCGCUACGCUCAUCCCCACUGCUAAAAAAAAAGCAUAAUGUACCACAGGUUCAGUUGUACAGGAUCAUGCCAUCAGGAUCCGGCCAUCAAGGUUCAAAGGUAAAUCUGGAUACACCUGGAUACGCAAUACGGAACAUUUACCCUCAUUUGUUAAGUAUGAUAAGGUUAGAUUACAUUGGGAUAAGGUUUUUUAGGUUACAAUUAUGUUUGGUUAGGUUUACCUUAGGUUAGGUAACAACUGAUUAUGUUUCAAUGUUAUGAAAUCAUUACUCAACACUAUGUACCCACAUGAAAAAAGUACAUCUCGCCCACAUAUGACAUCACGGAUAAGAAAAUGUACGCUAGCUCAUAUCCGGGCCAGAUCUGCCCAACCUUAAGACAGUCAUGUAAUAAGAACAAGAAAAGAAAGUGCCAACUAUCCAUGAUUUCUCUAAAUUAAAAUAAACCAAGGGAAACAUGUGCUACAAAGCCAUUUAUACUCACUUUGAACACCUAAAACACACAAAAACCAGUCACCGUGAAACUAAUAUGUUAUAGUUAAAAACUGAUUCAAUUAAGAGACUUACCUGCAGCCUAAGACGAUUAGGCCUACCUCCUAAACGAUAUGUUUGCAUCAACUGACACCAAGAGAGGUAGCAUUUAAACAGGACAAGAAAGCGACAAAGAAGCCUGUGAUUCUUAUGAAAUGUACGAAAAACUGUAACGUCACUAUAGGGAGAUGUCUUUUCUACAAAAAAAAUAUUACAAAUUAUAUUGAAUAAAACACAAAAUUUACGUGAAUACAAAUUAUAACUGUACAGAUUACAAAAAUAAAAACAAAAGUACACGUAAAUUAAUUCAGACAAAUUGCUGUCACACCAAUGGAACCAUCUGAAACUGUGUUAAAGAAAAAAAUUAAUAUAAAAAUGAAAUGUAGAUACUUUUAAUUAGAAGAAACAAAUGUAGCUAACUUGAUUUUGUACACAUUAAUUUAAAAGGCACACACAUACCACCCAAAACAAAAAUUAGGUAAUUCAAACCAAGGCUAUUUAUAUUGAAGCUGAAAUUUUUAUUCCAAUAUAAAUGAAAUUAAUUUCCAUAAUAUGCCUACUGGAAAGUUACUGAAAUUUUGAAACACCUGGCAAAUAUUACUUGAACCUAUAUUGUUUCGUAGUGAGCUAAGUGGCCAUAUGACAUACCUAAUUUAUUUAUUUAUUUAUUUCUCAAGAUUAGAUGCAGAAAUAUAGCACAUUUACAAUUAUCACCCUGAGCAGCAUUCUGCUCCAGGUGGAGAACAUACAAGAUGAUUACACAUGGCAGGCUAUUACGAGUUAUAAACAAACAUGAACACUUUUGUUACAAUAUACAAUUAGGUUGAAAGAAAGAUGUUUAUUUUAUUUUAUUUUAUUUUAGUUCACUACGUUUGACCCCUGUAUUUGCGGUAUGGAGCAAGUCAAUUGUACAUUACUACAUUCUAAAUAUACAUUUAUAUCGAACCACCUUAUUUACACUUUAACUUAAUAAAUAAAAGCAUAAAGUUCAUACAAUAUCAAGAGGUCAAUAACAAAACCCAGUUCAACACAGAAAACAUUUAGGUUAAACAGAAGUAUUAAAAUUGAAAAUUAAUUUUUUUUAUGCUGUGAACACUGCAACUAAAACCAUUCUUAUAGUAAAUUAUCCAGACUCAAUAUGCACAUUAUCAUAAAAAGGUUAAGCAUUUUUGCAACUUAUUUACAAAAUCAACAUUUCACCAAACAGAAGUUAUGUAAAUAUGCAUUCCAAAAAUAAAGUACAUAAGUAGGAAACUUAUGGCCAAUAUGAUAUUACAAUAACACCUGAACUCAUGUAUACAACUACAUCUAUAAGAUAUCGUCAAUUUCUUAAAGAAUUGUCGAAAAGAUUCAUAUUUUGUUUUGUAACAAAGGAUUCAAAGAUCUUUAUUUCUAAAAAAUAAAAAUAUUGUUAUUGUUUUCUGAAUUGCCCCAAUUAGUUACUAUAUAUGCAUACUUGCCAACUUUUACGAUUUUUUCGUAAAAUUUACGAAAAACAUACGUCUUUACGAUUUUACGAAUCUUAUAAAUUUUUUACGAAUUUUUCCAGUUUUUGUUGACACUUCUGAUAUCGAUUGUUGCGACCUAUUUUGUUCCAAGUCGAUCGAUAAAUCGAACGCUUGAUAGUUUACGAAUCGUUUUUGGUUGGUUACGCCGCCAUGUUGUGUCUUUGAUAUCGUGUUGUCUAUUGUUGAUCGUCUGUUCGUAAGCGUUUCGGGUGGUUUUUAUUUGGCAUGGAUUGAUUGCGUAGCAUCUGCAAUGGGCGGUGGCGUAAAAAAACAUUAUUGGCAGUGUUUUCGUAAAGAUUAUUCGGAAGAAUUCUCGUUCAUUUUGAAGUCGGACAAAGGUCAGAAAUAUGCAUUCUGCAGUGUGUGUAGGUGCGAUAUUAGUAUUUCUCAUGGCGGAAGAAGUGACAUAUUACUUCAUGUUAAAUCUAAUAAGCAUGCAGGCAACGUUCAAAAUUCCGAAAACAGCCAAAAAAUCAGCACGUUCUUCACAAACAGUUCAAGCGAAGAUAGCGUCACACGUGCCGAGUGUUUGUUUACGUAUUUUUUGAUUGAACACAACGUUCCAUUAAGUGCAGCAGACCACGCGGGCCCUUUAUUCCGGAAAAUGUUUCCGAAAUCAGAAGAAGCACAAAAGUAUGCGUGUGGCCGGACCAAAACAACUGCAAUUGUUGAAGAAAUGGCGAAAGAUUCAAGGGACGACGUCGUUAAACAUCUGCAAACAGGUCCGUUCUCUUUGUCAACUGAUGGUACAAACGAUACAGACUCCAAAUUGUACCCGAUUGUUGUGACGUAUUUUGAUAAAAAUAUUGAAAACAUUGUGUCUUCUGUACUUUCACUGCCAGAUUUGCAGGGCGAUUCUACCGGACUAAAUAUUGGAAAUUUAAUCAUAAACGAACUUGAACGUUUCAAUAUUCCUUUAAAAAACAUGAUUGCUUUUUCGGCAGACAAUGCGGCAGUUAUGAUGGGUAAGAAAAAUGGUGUAGUUGCGGUUUUAAAAAAUCGACAAGAAAACCUUUUUGUGAUGGGUUGCCUUUGUCACCGCAUUAAUUUAGCUGCCGAGAAGGGUACUGACAAUUUGCCACUGAAUGUUGAAGAGGCUUUGACCGACAUUUUUUAUUACCUUGAAAAGAGUGGUAAGCGGAAAGAUUGCCUUAAAAAAUUCCAAAACUUGCAUGGUUGUGAAACCAGAAAAAUUUUAAAACAUGUCUGUACGAAAUGGUUAUCCCUGGGAAAAAGUUUGACAAGAUUAGUAGAGCAGUGGGACCCUUUGUUAAGUUUUUUCAAAGACCAAGUAAAAUGUGUGAAACCAUCAUGUUCUGUGGGGAUAAGUUCAUUCACAAUACCAAAACAGCCAGCUUCAGAUCAUUCAGUUCAGCCAUUAGUUUCAAAGUCAUCUAAAUCCUCACAACAGGGCUUUUCCCUAAAAAGGAAACACUCAGAAAGUGAAGAUAAGAUAAUUACCAAAAAAACUGGUACUUCACAUAAUGAAGGUAAAAGUACAUUUCCUUCAGUUAGAUCAGAAAAUCAAAAGUCUCUCGUAAACAUUACCAGUGGCAGUUUAAGUCUUGAAGAAAAACUGUUCAUGUUUUUAUCAUCAUCUGUGAACAAAGCAUUUUGCUUGUUUCUUCUUCACAUCCACAGAUUCAUAUUUUGGGAGAAUUAAUUUGUGAUUUGUAUAAAGAUUUAUUACUUCGAUUUGUCAAACCAGUUGCAUUUAAAAAUUCAUCUUUGUUUGAUAUAAAGUAUCAUCAUGCUGAUAAUCAGAGGCAAGACAGUGAGUUGAUAGUUGGUACAGCAACAUCAGAGUUUGUUAAUACAUUGAAUGACAAAGAUAAGAAACUAUUUUUCUCGUCUGUCAGAAGUUAUUUUGCAGCUUCUUGUGAUUACAUUUUAAACAAAUUUCCCAUUAAAGAUGAACUUAUUAGCAAAGCAAGAGUAGCAUCGGUGGAGAAUGUAGAAAAUACCAGUUUUUGUGAUGUCAAGUUUUUCGUAGACUUAUUUCCAUUUUUGCUACCAGUAGAUGAGAACGAAACCAGAGAAUCAGCCUUGGAUUCUCUUCAAAGCCAGUUUACCAGUCUGCAACUUGAAAACAUAGAUUUGUUAGUCCCUAAAGAUGACACUGUAGUGAAAAAAUGGGUUAGUAUAUCACAUGCAAAAAAUGUUUGUGGGCAGCCUAAGUACGACAGACUUUGCAAUGUAAUGUUUGGUGUGUUGACAAUACCACACAGCAACGCGGAGUGUGAACGUGUGUUCAGUCUGGUGAAAAAGAAUAGGUCCCAGUUUAGGUCUUUGUUAUCAACCAGAGUACUGGAAAAUAUUUCUGUAAUAAAAAGCAAACAUUCAGACAAGUGUUUUGAACACAUGUUCAGUGAACAAUUUUUAAAGAAGGCUAAGAAAGCAACAGCACUACUUAAAAAAGUAACAGAUGUAGUUAAGACUUUUUUUUCCCAACCUUCAUAACAUUAUCUUUAUUAGUUCUUUGUAUGUGUUUUAUCAGUAUGUUUGGGACUUGGUAGUGACAUUUUUGUCGGUCUGCUUCAUUGUGUUCAGGCCUUUAGUAAUGAUUAUUUUUUCCUUCGGAAGUUCAUCAAAGUCUUCGGUUUUUUGUUACACAUAACUAGGACUUAGUAAUAAGUAAUAAUCAGGGAGUCAUUUUGUGAACUAGAUUGUGCUGAAGUUUAUUUUAUAACUGACUGGUGACAAUAGUACUCUGCUGCAUUUCAUGUAAUUAAUAUAAGUUUUUUUACAGUUUUAGUCAUAAGAAUAUUUUUUAUGUGUGCUCUAAAAAUUUUACUAUAAUUUGAAUGUGUUUUAAUAUCUGAGGGUCUACAUUAGUACAUAUAUUGGUGAUGUUUAACAAAUAGUUGAAAAAAAGGAUAUAACUUAAUCCUUAUUGUAAUUAAGCCUAUGGUACUGCAAAAAUUUUAAUCAGGUACACUUUUAAUGCCAAUUUUUGGAUGAAAUGUGUGAACAUCAGUGUUUAGGCCUAAAGUGUUUGUCAGUUUGUUUAAGUGGGUUUUAGUAAAUGUCUUAUGGGUUUAUUUUAGAAAUAGGGUGUUUUUAAUAUUUAAAACAAAUAUAUAUGCAUUUGAAGGAUCAUUUAUUUUUUAAAUGAAAAAAUGCCGCGUGGAGUUUACGCUAAAAUUUAAUAUUUUCGAGAGUUUUACUAAUUCUUAUUUGGAAAAGUUGGCAAGUAUGUAUAUGUAUUAAUCUGUAAAUAUAGAGUGAAUGGUUGAAUUUAAGACAGUUAAAUUCGCUUAGGCAAAUCCAAAAAUAUUUAGCAGUCCUAACAAAAUAACAUGGUUGGCAAUUAUAGACAAGUGGCUAGCUAUGAUGGUAAUAUUACAAACUGCAACAUGAACAAUAACUGAAAUAGUUUACAAACAAAGUAAGGAAAUUCUAUCAAAGACAAUUAAAAAAAGAAUGACCAUAAAUGCUUCCUUACAUUAAGAAUGCAUAACCUUGACAAGUUUUCUAUUUGUACGCCUUGACUUAACCAAGCUUAACUGCAAUUUUUUAUCCUUGUUGACACGUUUCAGUGAGUAGCAAAUCAUCAUACGAAUGAACAGUUUCAUGGCAUACAACUUUGGAAAUGAAGCGCAGGGGUGGCAGAACUGAACUUCGGAACACUUGGAAAGUAUUGUAUGUCCUAAAUUAGGAUGUUGCAUUUCACUAAAGAGAGCUGAGAAAAUUUGGUUCAUUUCAUUGAUAAAAGUGACAAAUGACUCGGAAGGCAUACAUAAACCACCAAAAUCUCUAUCUUCACUCUCAUAGGCCUUACAAUAACAAAAUAACUGAGAAGAACUAUUCAAAUUUGAGUUUUCAUUAGCAAAAGCAGCACAUUUGUUGCAGGUAUGUUUCUGCAAACACUUACGCAUAACAUAUCCUGCCACAAACAACAAACCAUUUUGAGCUGGAAUUUGAAUGUAUCUGUAAUCUUGAGUCUGGACACUAAGGCUGUAAUCCGACUUCAUAUGUACAGCAGAAAAUGUCAAUACAGUAUCAGACAAAUCCUUCACACUCAAAAUACACUGGUCAGAAUCCCAUGAGCAGUUUCCAGUUGACGAGUCAUGAAGUUGAAUUUGUAAGGAUAGUUGCUUGAAUGCGGACAUGAACUGAUUUGCAGAUGGGUUGUCGCAAUUACCACCACGCUGACGUAUUUUGCAAAAGAAAUUUUCCAAAGCAUCCUGGUUCAGCAUUCGUUUUAACAAAAAUGAAAAAUCUUUAUUUUUUAAGCAUUCCCAAAUACUUAAAAUGGCAGGGAGAGAGAGUUUCCAACCAUACAAGCAUUUGAUGUGAAGCGGAUGGCUUCAUCGCCGAUUCCGAUGAUAGCGCUCCUUCCCCUCCUUUCCCCUUCCUCUCCGAAUGCCUUUCCCCUCCAUCCCCUCCUUUUCACCUCUCCUCCCCCUCCGGCAGCGACACCAGCGCUCCUCGUGUCAUAGUUUCCGAGACCUAUAUAAGCGCCGCGUAGCUUACUACAGUCGCUGGCCUCCUCUCUCUCUUGAGAAGGGAAUCAGUCCAUCGGCACGCGUUGAUUAGCUUAUUGUCAGCACUCGGCGAAGCUAUGCUUCUCUGCUUAUUGAAUAUUUACGUCUGCACUUAACAGUUACAUCAUUAUGAUGCUAUGUUAUCCGUUUAAAGACUUAAAUGCUGUAGGUGUCGUGUGACGAUCGUUCUGGCUUAUUGUCCAAUUCUACCGCCGAGUGGCUGACAUAUUAAGGCUAGGUUACAUCUAGUUUCAGUGAUGUGCGCAGUCGGAGGUGCUUACCUCCCGGCUCGAUUACACUAGCUCUGUUCCAGUUGAUCGUAUGGCUCAUGCCUAGUAGUUUAGGGUAUUACAUUUUGGGUUAGGUGACCUGUGGUCUUUACUAUCUUGUUUCACGCGUGGCCAACGUUUAGUUCUACUUAUGUAUUUUAUAGGGAUGCGUCUCGUAAAUGUUUUAUUGUGUUAAGGUUAUUUAUCUGAGGUCACAUAUAAGUCUAGGCCCGUCACGAGUUAGUAGGGCUAAGUUAAAUGUCCGUUUGAGAUAUCAUCAUGGUAGAACUCCGUAUUAAACACAAUAUUUAAGCAUGUUAUUAUUUUGCGGAAGUGCGAAUAGUACAUUUUUGAUUUAAGUACGUCUCUAUGUCCUAGGGAUUCAUUAGUGUGCAAGAAUCUUAUUCACCAAAAGCAUUGUAAUUGAUUUGAGCCUUAAUUGCUCCCAAUUCCAUGAAAUUUGUAAAACCAAAGAUAUAUAUAUAUAUAUAUUAAUUGUUGUAACUAAUAACAAGUUCAAUAAAAUGAUCCUGGUGUAUAUAACUUUUGUUCCUUGAUAUCGGUGCAGUUCCCCUUAAAUUAAACAACGAUUUCCUGCUGUGUUGGGUUAGGUUUAUUAACUCGUGUUGUGUGUGUGAGGUCAUUGUAGUCAAACUGUGGCGUGCCGCAGUUUGGCUUCAGAUGGACUUUGAAAUGUCUUUUCCACGUUUAUCAACCACACACAGUUCAUCCAAUAACAGAAGCAUUUGCAGAAUUAAUUGUUUGUGGCAAGAUGUGUCACUGAGUGCUGACCUGUACUUCUUUGAAGAAUAAAUUUGUCAUCACUAGCGCAUCCUGGUGGGCGCGAUGCAAACUAGCUCUGGCUUUUGUUUCCAGAACUGCUGUUGACAUGCGGGAUAGCGUAAUAUAAACCAUAGAGUAAACAUUGGCUUAACACACUAGCGGCAUCGGAAAUAAAUACGCUAUGAUGGAGAUGAAUAGCUAUUACUGAAAGAGCAAAAUAAUGUUGGUUGAUUCGUCACAUUAUUAAUUUGUUGCAUUGCAUUUAAUGCCACACAAGUGCCUUUGAGAGUGUGCACACACGGAUAUUAUGUUUGUGUUUAUGGUUUAUGUAAGUGAAAUAUGGCAUGAAUGAUUCGAUUCAUCGAACCACACGAGAUUCAAUUCGAGAUUCGAUAUUCUCGAAGCUUCGCAGAACCUUAGUUGCGAGCUUUAAGAGUUAUAUGGAGAUUAGUCCAGUUAUGACACAUUUGCAAAAAAUAUAUUAUAUUUCACAUUAUUUAAUUUAAUCACACUUGCAGCUUUAAAAAUGCUGUUAAUGUUAUUAUGAAAUAUGUCAUACCUCUGCUCUGCAUCUGUACGGACUGCCUGCUCUGGUAUGGCAACUGUGGGUAACCACUGUCCCCCAGCAGCAGUCCCUGCACACACCCAUCUUCAAAUUUGGCUUGCACCCCACUUUUGUUAAAUAUUCGACUAUCAUGUGCGCUGCCAGGCCAGCGACACACAAUAUUGAAUAUUUACAUGGAAGCCCCGGCAACAACUUGCACAUUAAGAGAGAAGUAUUCUUUUCUAUUCCUAAAACAUUUUUAAAAAAUAGACAGUUUAUUUCAUUACAUACAUUAAAGUCAAGUAGCAAACACUAUAAUAUUUAUUCAACACACACAAUAAAGGCAUUUCCACAAGACCUGUGACAUGAUUUGUUUGUAUAGCAAAAUUCUAGGUUUAAUGUCAAGGAUCUUUUGACGUAGUAAUUUCAAACAGAGCCAAGGAAUGAACUUGGUAAGGUGAUAUGGAAUAAUUACCAUGUAGGUGACCUAACCAAUAACACUAUUUCCAGGUUAUUUACAUGUACCUAACCUUGCAAAACAGACCUUUUUCUUAAUAACAUACACGCAUCCUUACAACUUGUAAAAGCUAUAAAAUACUCAAAGCUACUUAAGGUAUCAAUUUAAUUCAAUAAUACAAAAAUGUCAGGAAAUUAACACAAUAAUUUGAGGAUUUUAAUUUUACAUAGCAAAGGGUGGCUUUCAGAAUUACCAGAUUCAAGAAAAUGCUCUUGACAAAUUGAAAUACAUUACAAUUAAGCUACAUGAAAGAACUAUGUGCUAAAAUGAAUAUUGUAUUAAGUGUUGAAAUAAAUACAAACUAGACAAAUUAUUACAUUUUAUCUCACAGUUCACAUUUCAUAUUAAGGUCUGUCACAAAACAUGUUUCAACAUGCCUUAACAAUGUUUACCUACUUACCUGUAUACUUCUCCCCGAGCACCGCCGCGGCUUUUUUGAUUUUAAUGUGAGUGCAGUCAAUUACUCCUGUAACAUCGGGAAAGUGUGCAAUGUUGUAAAAUCGCAGCUUGUUCAAGCGAAAUUCAUCGCCAGUGGGAAACCGUAUCAGAUGUCGACUGAAUUGAAGUUAGCUUCGAAUCCCAGCUUCAGAUCGGAACACAUACCAUAGUUAUGGUACUGUGCGAUAAAACACAGGAAAGGCAGCAAAAGUACAAGGUGGAAAAAUGACAUUAAGAGCCAAAUGCUAAAAAUAAUAUUAAUAAAAAUAAAAAUUACCAUUGUAAUGCAUUUUAGCUACAAGUUGACCGUCACUAGGUUCGUGUCUACUAAUUUGCCCUUAAAAUUCCACUAUAAAGUUCCAGAGUGUAUCAAAGUGCCAUGUUUGAAGGCAUGUAAAUUCAAAAAUAAAAACUGUAACAGGUGUAGCAUAUUACUGAUUAUUAAGCACACCUAGUACUAUAAAAAAACAUAUCAGAUUCAUGGCAACCCGCAUUAGGUUCGGGUCUACUGGCCCUGGUAAAUACCACUUGACAGCCACAUGAUAAAUCUUUUUCUAUGAUAUAGAUCCUACAAGAUCCAAAAUAUAAUUUUGAGGUUGUUUUACGUUAUUUUAUUUUUUUCAUAUAAUGUCUACUAUAGUUUUAAGUUUGCUCGCUCUUGAUUUGCCUUAUUGGUGUUUGAACUGUUGAAAAAUACCAAUAUUGUGUUAUGUCAUUAUAUAUGUAGGUAUCUUAUAAUUUUUUUUCUGAUAAUAUUAAUCUACUAGCUGCCCGACCCGGCUUCGCACGGCUAUACUAAUGGAAAAAAAUUAAGCCACAUCUCCUAUUUACAGUAAUGGUAAAUAAAAAAAAAUUCAGUGAAAAUUUAUUACAAUACUGUAUAAUGUACCGGAGAGAAAAUGAAUAGCACCGAUGGUUUCCCAACUCGUGCACGCAACGUACAACUGAUGUACCCGUACUUCACUACGGCAAUCUACAGGCAGAUCACUCUUGCGUCGCUCAUUAUACAUGCCCCUCCUUGUCGGUACGCCACUGCCGCGCGAUGCCCGUUGCCAUGGAGACGCAGAAGGCAUGAACAAUGCAAAAUCCUGUUCUCAUGCAAAGUACCCACUGUUGCCUGGUUUUAACCACCCAUAAGUACCCGCAAAAUAUCAAUGGUGAUGAGGACUGCACUAACAAUGAAAUAGUCGUUGCCAUAGAGACGAAUGAAGCAUCAACAAAGCAACAGCCGUUGCCAUGGUGAUUUCCUACCAAAAACUGGAAAUUUUUAUAUAUUACGCCCCUGAAACUCCCCUUGGGAUCGGAUUUCCGCAGAAUCCGUUCUUAGUGAGCGUCUACAUCACAAAAUGAGUAAUUAUGCUAAAUUUCAAGUCAAUCGGGUGUAUAGUUUUAGAGAUCUCGUGAUGAGUGAGUAUUGAGUGAGUGAUAUUUCGCUUUUAUAUAUAUAUAUAUACGUGGUGACAUGCGUGUGGGGAAAACUAGCGACGUACAACGACGUAUUACCGAGAGGUACACAACAACGUGACACCAUGGAAGGAGGAGGGGCAGGGUGCAGACGGGACGUAGUUAGUAGUAAGUGUAAUGCUGUAAUUAUUUAUUGUAUGGAUUAAACUCGCAGGACGUGCGGGCUGCGCGUGUUGCCUACCUGUCCGCAUUGUCAUAAUGCUCCGACUUUGAGUGCCUGUAUCUCAGAAAUAGUUUUUCUGAGCGUGUUAAAGUACGAGGACCUUUUAUGUUCAUUAUGUCAUUCCUGUUAUUGUUUCACAACGAUAGCUUAGAACAGGCGUACAGGUACAGUAAUACGUGCAUAGUAACAGAGGCGACGCCAUGUUUCCUACGUAUGCGAUGGAAUUGUGGUCACAUUUUAUUCCCUGCAUACGUAUUGUCAUGCAUAUGAAUUGAAUCCGGGAAGGUCAGCGUUUUAUUAGUUGUGGUUGUUGAUUUAUCUUCGCUUUACCAUUUCCUCAACACUACAUUCACAGUGGUUUUGCGCCCAUACUAUUGGCAACAGAGGGGUGGUUCCUAUACCCAUUCUUCUUCGUGUAGGUUUGGCUACCUGUAUCCGCGAGAUUUUCCGCCAUUUCAUUUACACCCUGUAUAUAUACACACACACACAUAUAUACAUAUAUAUACACAAGUCCUUGUCAGAAUUGUAACGGGAGAGGAAAAUUAUUGAUGGUCCGAAAAAUGAAAAAUAAUAAAAAUAAUUCUAGUAAAAGAAAAAAAAACUAAACACAGAGAGAGGAAAACAAACAAUAGUUUAGGUUUGCAAUUUAAAGUGAUAAAAAGUAUUUAAAUACUAUGUGAACUCUUAUGAGGGUACUGAUUCCUUCGUUGUUAAUAUCACACGGGUGUUUUUUACUUGUAUGGGAAAAUUAAGAAUGAUAAGGCAUCUAGUGCGUGGCAACAAUGUUAAUAGGCAAAAGGAAAUAAACUUCUAGCGCCUGCGGCAUUGUCAACACACACUUCGUACGUGUACUGCAUGUUGUAUCUAACCCCCUCCAAUGCAUUUGAUUCUAAAUUGGACUUUUAGUAAGGAUCCCUAAUAGUAUUGAUAAUAUAAUAUAGCCUAUAGCCUUCCUCGAUAAAUGUACUAUCCAACACUGAAAGAAUUUUUCAAAUCGGACCAGUGGUUCCUGAGAUUAGCGCAUUCAAACAAACAACCAAACACACUAACUCUUCAGCUUUAUAAUAUUAGUGUAGAUGAGGCAUAUGAAAAAUAUUAUGUCAAUAAAUUAGGUUAAAGGUGACUUAGGCUGAGAUUGGUUUAGUUUGCAUUAAUAUCUAGAAUUUUAGGUUUAUUUUUUAAAAUCAUAUAUCUGUUUACUAAUUGACUCAUGGCCGACUGUACAUAUUUCUGUUAAAGGCCAACACAGUCUUGUUUUGACUUGGAGUGUGUGCGGACAUGUCAACUUACACCGUGUUUAACUUGGAGAUCUUCUCUAAUGAACUAUUAGUGGAUGUCAUUAGUUAUGGUAGAAUGGAAACAGCGACAAGUACCGAUAUAAAGCGGAUAAACAUAUCCAAUAGCUAUUGGUAAAUGACCACCCCAACCGUAAUAUCACGCAAAUUCAUCAAGCGUGACCUAAACAUUUGAAAAUAUAUUUCUGUUUGGCACAAGAGGCCAACCAGUUCAUUGGUUCAGGCACUCUACGCACUUUAAAUCUUCACACAAGCAUUCUAAUGGGACUCACACGAAAACAUGGCAUAAUGUAUGGUAUCCCCUUAGACAUUAGCAUAGAAGAAGUUUUAGAUAGUUACGAAUGUGCUACACAAUAACUAAUAAACGCUGAGCGCCUAACCAAACAUAUCAGAAUAGAUGUUCAAGAUGACCGAGUAUCCAUGAAACUGGUCAGUCUAACUUUUGAGAGGCAAACCCUGCCAACACAAAUCAGCAUAUACAAGGAAAUACUAAAAAAUCAUCUAUUGUUCGAAUGUCGUAACGUCCAAAAUGUAAUAAAACUCAAUAAUCAACUUGGUGACCUAGAAUUGCCAUUCCCAAUGGCGUACCCCUCCGUGUUAUUUUCGUCUACUUGUGAAGCAUGUGCUAUCUAACUUCCUACUUGAGAACAACAUCCACUUAUGAGUCAACCGUACAUCCCUUGGGUACCCUGUCCUUGGUCACCGGUUUAUUGAACCAAGAAUUCAUCCUAAUUCAUGGCCUAGUCUCCAUCGGUCCUCGACGGGCCUCGACCAAGAUAGCUUAGAAAGUAGUUCCUGCUAGGUGAUCCUACAAUAACCCUCCACAUAAUUUAAUUAUCAACUUUUUUUUUGGAAAAAAAAAGUUCAGAAUUUCAACUUUACUCUAUUUUUGCUAUUUUGUUAAAUGUGCCGGAUAAAUGUUUGUAGAGCGGAGACUCUCGGGUCGUGACGUCGCCACGUGGCAUCGCUGCGUGCCCUCCGGAGCCGGCUUCCCGAGAAAAACGUGCCACAAACUACACUCGCUCACUGCGCCCACACCCUUGUGAGGCAACGAGGGGACAUAACGACCUGUGCGAGCGAAGGGAGCACUUGGGACGUCAGUUUGUAUUGUGAUUCUCAACAUGACUUUGAAGAGAUCCUUCGAUAUGCUACAUUAAAGCAUCAUUUACCAAAGGAACAAUAUAUACACAACCAUUCAAUAAUUAUUACGGGAUGAACUGGAUACACAACAAUCACCCUGCUGUUUCAAAAUAUGACUCUCAGACUUAGCCAACAAUGUGAAGUAUGAGACCGAAACUACUCCCUUUUCUCAAAGUAACACCUUCAAUAUUUUCAUGAUAAUAGUGAAAAUGUAACUAGUAACUAAAGUAAUGCAUGCAAAAAUGAAAAAUAAUCUGCAAAAAUCUAUCAAAAUCUAUCGUAAAUACUUUUAACUUAAUACAGAUUGACAACCACUGCUUAGUUUCUCUGUUUUAAUUGCCAUAAUAAUAUGCAAUGAACACAAGAGGAUAUAAUUGUCUUAAUUUCUUUCAUUACAGUUGACUUAUUCAGUUUAUUGGCCAAAUGUCCCCGUCCCUGUAUUUAAUACGGCUACUUGUACUCCACAACACAUCUUAUUUUAAAGAUGCCCUAUUUCAUUAGGGACAUACUUUAAAACUAUUCAAAUUGAUCAGCGUUACCUGGAGGGGUGGUUUCAGUUGGUUAUCCAUAUAUGAAAUUAUUUUCAAAAAAUUAACCGCAUAUAUAUUUCUGGUCAAUUACUUCAAUAUUUGUUGCUUUCACAUUGCUGCACAGUGGAAGCCACGAGUAGGCGCUGAGAACUUCCACCAGGAGGGGAUAGGAAUCAAGGUUUAAGGAAUUAGGCAACAAUGAAAGUAUAUGUUAGUAAUUUCUUAUACAUUAUUACAUUAUGAACUAAAGUAAUGCAUGCAAAUACACUGAUAUUUUUCAUUGAGACAGGAUGGUAAUCAGAGGAUUAAGGGAUUAGGCAACAAUUAUUGUUACUGUUAGUAGUUUCUUAUACAUUAUUACAACAUUAUCAACUAACAAACUAGUGCAUGCAAAUAUGCAGAGAAUUACCACAAGAAGAGGUUAAGAAUGCAAGGAUUAAAGCAGUAGGCAACAAUUAAUGUGAAUGUUACUAAUUUAUAAUGCAUUAGGUAUUACAACAUUAUUUACAGAACAUCAUCUGAACUAAUACAUGCAAACAUAUGAUGCCAAAAUUAAAUGUAAUUACUGGUGUUCUGCAUCUUUUUCCUAAUACAUUCUAUUCCUAAUGCUUUUUCUUCCUUAACAAGCUACAGAUUUGCACUUACAGUAAUAAUUUUACAAACAUGUAUGAUACAUACCACUGCUAAUGCUUUUUAACACCUUACAAUCUACACACUUGCACUUAUUCCAGUAUUUAUAUACAUUGUUAUCUAUAUACAUAGGAAUCAGGUUAUUAUUUGAAAUUGACAGCAAUUAAUGUAAAUGUUACAUGCUUUUCUACAUUAUAACUACUGUAACAAAUGAAAUUUAUUUAUAAAAAUACCAAUAUCGAGACUCAGUGUAUUCUUUAAAAGUGCUCAAUCUGAAAAAAAUUCCACUUCAAUAUAUAUUAAUAUUAAUGAAUAUAUAUAAUACAUGUUACACUGUAUGUCUUAAAAUUAAACAUCACCAUUUUAAAUCAAUUAUUCACAUUUCAAGAAUUAUUUAAAUAAGCUGAACAUACCUGAGAUACAUUAAACACAGGACGAAUGUAGUAGACAUCAAUUCAUGUGAUGUUAGAGCCAUUAUCACAAAAUCAAUACCAAAUAAUAAAAAUAUACACAUAUAUUUAAACACAUAUAAAAUAGACACUACAUUCAUGAAAAAAAAUGUAUAAACGUUAAGAUAUGAUUUUAAAAAUAUUAUAUAUAUACAGGGCUCGAUUUUAGCGCCUGUCCGCCUGCCCGGGACAGGCAAAAUAAAAAAGGCAACUGUCCGGUGGACAGGUGCAACUUGUGACGACGAGGUUAUUCGCACGCACUAAUACAGCAGAGGUGAUUAAUAACAUUUAUGCGACCACGACCGCAAAUAAAACGUCUUUGACAAUAUCUAGAAAUAAACAAUAAUGGCUGCUCUUUUGUGACGGACGACUCUGGCUAUUGUAUACUGCGGGAAAAAAAGUAGGUUAUGUACAAACCGUGCUGAAAUAUUCUGAAUCAUAAUUCUUAAAAUCUUACAUUCACGUCAUGAUUCACGUAACAUAGUCGUAUUCGUAUGCUAGAGAUGCAAAACGUCUCACACCGAUGAUGUUUGUUUUUGUUGCCAUGUUUGCAGUGCAGCCAACAAUUACGUAAUUUACCGUUGUAUACUUUCAAAAUAUAAUUUUUUAAAUUUAUUGUCUUUAUAAAUCGCGACUCUACUAAUUCCUUGCUCUACUUUAACAUAGUUUGUUAACAGAAAAGCGUUUUCGCGUGGUUAACAUUUCACGGCGUACUCCAGAUGCAGCUGAUAGUGGCCAAUGUGACUACGACUGCUUGAAAAUUCGCCUGUCAACUGUUGCAUCAAAAAAUAAACAUUACUUGUUUACAGAGGACACGGUAAUAUUUUACAGUUUAUCUUGUCACUGCGAUUGUUUAAGUAUUUAAUUAACUGCGUUACACAUUGUGGAAAUUCAUUACUGGUGCUUCAAAACCACCAGAAAAGAAAAACGGACGAGGACAAGUCAGAAUAUAAUGUUAAAUAUGACAAAAUCGCUCGGUCCCGUACCUUUUUAACGUCUUGGUGUUCCGAGUUUCUUUGGCUUCGUUACGACACAGAAACAAAACAAAUGUUUUGCAAAGUCUGCGAAACGCAUUCAAAAUCAUCUGAAUCAGUUUUUGUUACGGGCUGCUCAAGUCUGUAAAGACUGAAGUCUAUAAAGACAGACUGGCGAAACUGUCUAAAUGAUGAUACACUGUCUGCCCUCAUGCGUGUUCAAAUACAGUCACCUUCUGAAAGUGAGUUUGAUCCAGCACCAGUACCAAUCUCUGGUAUCAUAAUGUUCAGAGAAAACGUCGACCCUUACAGCCUCCUUAUCGAAGAUGUUCAAGAGAGAAUCAGCAAAGUAAUUCGUGCAGUGACUCUGACUCAGACAGAGACUCGUCUGAAAAUGAUGAUUAAAUAAGGAUGUUAAGUGUGUGAUAAAAAUAGGUGCAAAAUAUAGCAAAAAUCCUUUUUUCUCACUUUUUCAGCGACUUUGAAUUUUUUUUAUUUGGGUAAAACAGCGGACAGGCAAAUUGGAUGGCGGACAGGCAAAUUUUCGAUUACACCUGUCCGUUGGACAGGUUAAAAUAUUCCUUAAAA